UUCUGAUAUAAUUUCCAUGACUUUGUUCAUGACUAAGUCUUUAACCAUUUCCCAAUAUUUUACUAGGGCUUUCUUUUAUCCUAAGCUCCUCCCUCGGAAGAUAAAUUGCAGGUUAAGAUUUUCAGGAAACCAACAAUUGUUUGCAAGCUUCUCCAACAUGGGAAAGAACAUGAGAUGGGUUUACGCACAUUCCUUCAAGGGAGAACCGAAAGUUUCCGACUUUGAACUGGUUGAAGAAGAUGUACCUCCUGUAAAAGAAGGAGAAGUAAAGUUUGAAGCCCUGUAUCUGAGUGUUGAUCCUUACAUGAGGGCCUAUGUGAACAAGCUGGGAGGAAAAACUGGUUUUACGAUGUUUGGAGGUCAAGUUGCAAGGGUAGUGGAGAGCAAACACCCAGAAUACAAGGUUGGCAGCAUCGUAGUAGGUCAGCUCGGCUGGCAGCUAUUCACGGUUGGCAAUCCUGAAGAGAUCACUACCGUUUUUGGUGCCAAGGAAAAGCCUAUGGUGUUGCCCGACCUGGGUGGCCUGUCCCCCUCCCUAGCCCUAGGAGUUCUGGGCAUGCCUGGAAACACUGCCUACUUUGGGUUCCUUGAGAUAUGCAAGCCUGUAGCGGGAGAGACAGUAGUAGUUAGCGGAGCUGCUGGGGCUGUGGGCAGUCUAGUGGGACAGAUCGCUAAAAUAAAAGGUUGUCGAGUGAUUGGCAUCGCUGGAUCCGAUGAUAAGGUUGCUUGGCUCAAAGACGAGCUCAAGUUCGACGGGGCUAUCAACUACAAAACACAAAACAUCUCUGCAGAACUCAAAAAGCUGGCACCAAAAGGAGUUGAUUGCUACUUUGAUAAUGUGGGAGGAGACAUCAGCUCACAAGUUCUAUACCAGAUGAACAAAUACGGCAGAAUCUCCGUCUGCGGAGCCAUCUCUGUUUACAACAACGACUUCAGCAACCUCGCCAAAGCCCCUGUGGUUCAGACUGCGAUGGUAUUGAAUGAGCUGAAAAUGGAGGGUUUUGUAGUACUCAGAUGGGCCGACCGGUUCAUGGCCGGCAUCCUACAGAAUCUAAAAUGGGUGCAGGAGGGUGAAUUGAAGUACAAAGAGACGGUGACCGAAGGUUUUAAAAAAAUGCCUGAAGCCUUCAUCGGCAUGCUGAGAGGAGAAAAUGUUGGCAAAGCAGUGGUAAAGGCCUAAGAGUUUGUUAAAGAUACUAUAAGUGGAGUUCAAAGAGCCUUAUAAUACUGAAAAAGAGGCAUAAUACAGGAAACACAAAAAUAUGUAAAUGUUAGAGAAAUUGAUUGUCAACACACAAUGCUGCAAUCAACUAUUUAACUGCACAUCCAACAACCAACACAUAAUAUGUUACAUAUUUGCCACUAGAGUUUUACGUCUGUCUAUAGUUGGUAUAACUGUUCUAUAUACAUCCUCACCAUGUUCCUCUGCUAUGCAUAUUGUCAAUGCUUACAUUUUGAUACACUAAUCAUACAUUUUAUUUGUACCCUGUAAUAUGUUAUUUACAGUUACGUUAUACACAUUGUGGUAUUCUACUCAAGACUGAAAAUGUUUAGGUGUAGUUUUUAUUUUAUUCAAUUUUAUGCUUG